AUGCCUCUCCUUCCCACCUCUACCGGCCAGCCCCGAGUGAUCCUCGGUCUUAUGACCUUUGGCCCCUCGGAAAAGGACGGCGCUCGCAUCACCGACCUCUCCGUCUACAACUCGGUGCUUGACAAGUUCCAGUCCCGCGGCUACAAUGAAGUCGACACGGCACGCGUCUACAUUUCCGGCCAGCAGGAGGCCUUCACCCGCGAGGCCAAGUGGAAGGAGCGCGGCUUGAAGCUGGCGACCAAGGUCAAAUACCCGAGCGCAGAUGGCGACCACGUCGAGGCCAAGGUUAUCGAGAGUGUAGAGAAGAGCUUGCAGGAGCUCGGCACCGACUGCAUUGAUAUCCUAUACAUCCAUGCCGCCGAUCGCGCGACACCCUUUGAACAGACUCUGGGUGCCCUUGAUAAGCUGCACAAGGCUGGCAAAUUUGUCCAGCUCGGCCUGUCCAACUACACGGCCUUUGAGGUGGCCGAAGCCGUCAUGAUUGCCCGACAGCACGGCUGGGUUCGUCCCACCAUUUACCAGGCCAUGUACAACAUGAUCACCCGCGGCAUCGAUGCCGAGCUGGUCCCGGCAUGCCGUCGCUACGGCCUCGACAUUGUCGUCUACAACCCGAUUGCCGGCGGUCUGUUCAGCGGCAAGAUCAAGAGCAAGGACAUUGACCCAUCACAGCUCGAGGGCCGCUUCAGCGACAAGCACCCCACGGGCCAAAACUACCGCAGCCGCUACUUCAAGGACAGCACGUUCCAGUCGCUGCGCACCAUCGAGGACGCCAUUGCCAGCCACGAGGGCUUGACCCUCAUUGAGACGGCCCUGCGGUGGACGGUGCAUCACAGCGCGCUCAACGUCAAGGACGGCAACGACGGCAUCAUUAUUGGCAUCUCGAGUCUUGAGCAGCUGGACGGAAACUUGGAUAACCUCGAAAAGGGACCGCUGCCGCAGGAUGUGGUGGAUGCCAUUGACAAGGCGUGGUUGAUUUCAAAGGCUGAAGCCCCCAACUACUGGCACAAAGAUCUUGUGUACAAGUACGAUACCGUGGAGGCACUGUUCUCGCCAAAGAAAUAG